CGUGCAUGGCAGCGCCUGCACCAUCUGUCAUUUCAGCGCUCCGUCCCUUCAAGCCUGCCUCAGCUGUCACUGUCGUCGCCGAAGAUCCUGCAUGCACACCCGGAGGCGAAUGCUCAUUUCAAAGGAAUCCCAGCCCCACCGAGAUGAACGUGGAGCCCUGGGCCAACCCCCCAGACCAGGCCACCGCUGACAGCACACCUCCCCAGGAGCAGCCGGACAAACUGUGCCUCGACUCCUUCUGGAGCGAGGUGGAGCACAUCCGCCAGGGAAGCAGCGACAGUGAGCCAGACAGCGCCAGGCGGGACUCCAGGCACUCUGAAGAGGGAGAGCAGGAGGAGCAGUGGCUUCAGGAUGCUGGCCUGUCCCCUUUGAUUAGCGAGGACAGCGAAGAGGUAGACAAGGUGGUCCUGUUGUCCACUCUGACCCGCACGCAGGCCGAAGCUGUCCAGCGGCGCCUCGAGUCCUACACCUGCUCCCUCCGCAAGAGGAACAAGCCUCCGCCUCGAGACGUGCGGGACAUCUUUGCCACACCCAUCGCUCAGACACCCUUGCCUGUAACUCAGGACAGUGGGCAGAAAACAACUGGGAACAGCAUGGAGACUGUGGUGAACACCCCUUUGGCAGUAGAGCUGCAGGGAGGGGCUCUGAAGGAGGAGAUCUUCAUCACUGACGUGGCGUACUGCGAGCAGGCCGCCAUCCUCCUCAAACAGGCCAAGCUGCCCCAGAACAGCAGCCGCCGCAGGAGGGACGACGGCACUCUGCCUAGGGUGGUGUGCCCUCAGUGUCGGCUGGGGGUCACCCGCAUCCAGGACCUGUCGCAGCAGGACAUGAAGAAAGUGCGUCAGCUGGCGCUCAUCGACAUGACAGCGCUGUGCGACCUGCUGGAGCUGGAAGUCAAGAGGCACAAGACCUGCAAGAGGAAGAUCCCAGAGAGCUCUCUCUUUGGGGUCCCCCUGGCCACGCUGGUGGAGAACGAUCAGAAGAUCAAGGCCAGCGUCACCAUUCCUCUCAUCCUGCAGGCGCUGCUGUCUUUCCUGGAGAAAAAGGGUAUGGAUUCAGAGGGGAUACUGCGAGUUCCAGGUUCCCAGGCCAGGAUAAAGGUGCUGCAGCAGAAACUGGAGAACACCUUCUAUUCCGGGGGCUUCAGCUGGGAGGAGGUCAGUCCCAAUGACGCCGCCGCCCUGCUGAAGAAGUUCAUCCGGGAGCUGCCCUCCCCGCUGCUGACAGCGGAGCACCUCAACACCUUCAGCGCUGUCCGGGACAUCCCUGAACUCAAACAGAAGCUUCAUAUGCUGAACCUCCUCGUCCUCCUGCUGCCAGAGCCCAACAGGAACACACUGAAGGUUCUCCUGGAGUUCCUCAGUAAGGUGGUGUCCCACGAGAAGCGGAACCGCAUGAACCUGUGGGCCGUGUCCACCAUCAUGGCGCCCAACCUGUUCCUGCACAAGGCCGUGCCCAGCCGGCUGACGGAGGGGGCAGAGAAGGGGCAGGCGGAGAAGGCCGCCGACAUCAUGAGGCUCCUGAUCCGCUACCAGGACCUGCUCUGGACGAUACCAAACUUCCUGAUGAGCCAGGUGCGCAAGCUGAACGAGAACAGCAACCGCCGCUAUCAGUUCUACGACAAGAGGAUCAAGCACCUGCUGAGGAAGAUCCACACCGACAGCCGCGACAAAGCCGACAAGAACUCCUCCGAGCCUUGCCGCACGGUGAAGAUCCAGGUAGGCGGCCUUCUGAGCAGCUCCAUGGAGGUCCGUCUGACCAUUAACUCCCGUGCUGCUGACCUGCUGGCCCAGUUCCACCAAGAACUGUGCAGCUCGGACAACAGCAAAGGGCUCGUGAAAAGAAAUGGUUCUGUUGCCUACCCUGAUUGUGCCAUCUAUGAAGUGGGUGGAAACAUCGGUGAACACUGCCUGGACCCUGAAACACACCUGCUGGACCUGUACAAUAACAACCCCAGCGGAGAGUGGGUGAUCAGGCUGAAGCCCUCCGCCAGCAGGGGGCUGUGAGAGCAGAGGACAUUCAGAGCCCGGGUCUGAGAGAGGCGCUUUCCAGACGCUGCCCGAUCCUCUUUCGUCCCCUCCCGGGGGGAUUGUCACCGCACCGUUGACGCGGUAACCCCUCCCUGGGGUGUUUGGCUUGUCUGCGCUGCUUUCGGGCGAUUGAGCAUGCACAGUGGAAAGUCCAGCCGGGGAUCUGGAGCACCUCUGGCUACGAGCACAGAAACUGUCUCCCUCUCUCCAUUCCUGAACGCAGACAUUUGAUCCCCAAGGGGGAGAGAGUGGACACACGCUGUUCUGUUUUACUACAGAAUAUGUCAAAGGCCUGUAUUUAACUGUAACACAGUGGACCCU